AUGGCCGCAGUGAAAUCUUCGGUUUUCCUGGUCUUCUUCGUUGCGGCCGUUGCGGCGCUCCUCCUUGUGCAGGCCGAGGCCAGGAGCUACGGUGUCAACUCCCUCUCCAAGUCCUCCUGUCGCUUCGCGCAAGAAGUGGACGUUGCGGUGGGGGAGUUCCCCAGUUUGGGGGACGACCGCAGUCCGGUGGUGGUGGGCUCCUCGGGGGUCUACUACGUGGGCGACUCUAGAACGGGAUCCUUCUACAAGAACCUCACCCGCCGGGCCACCACCACGACCCGAAUCGACGGCCUCUUCUCCGACCUGGGCAACGGCGACCUGUGGACCUUCGGCACCUCCUCCUCUACCUGGCUCGCAGUGGCUUCCAAUGCGGACAUUCCCGAGGCGACCAGGCUCACCCACUUGAUUCCGCUGGCGGCCGACGCCGAGGGCCAGCUGAGCACCGACGAGGGUCGCGAAGUCGUCACCCUCUCGUCACCCCUCUUCCCCCACACGUACGACAUCCAGCCGACCCUGUUCCUCGGCAUGGGCGAGUUCGUGUACGCUUCGUCCGCCGAGGGUCCUUCCGAGUUCGCCGGCGCCUUCCUCGUCGACAUCGCCACCGGCUCAGUCGAACGCAUCUAUGAGAUGGCCGACGGAGAGGCGUGGGCGGUGAACCCCAGAGGCGAUGAGACCGAGAACUGGGUGACGUCGGGCGUGAUGGAGCGCAGCGGGGAGACCAUCAAGCUCCUCGCCGUCUACUCCAACUGGACUGACGAUUCAGCCUACACGGGAGGCGUCUACCGCUACAACGUCGACGGCUCGCUCCACUCCAAGGUCUACAGAGGCUUUCUCGACGACGCCGCCACGUUCACCGUCAACUACUGGAGCAACGACGACAAGAGGUGGUUCGCCCACGGCGAGACCGCGCCCUUGAACGCCGACGAAAGCCCGAGGAUUCCAGGCCUGACGGAAGACGAGUGGAUCCUGUCGUGCGCGGCCGACCACUACAACGCCAGCGGGGCGUCGACCACGUCCUGUGCCGUGUGCGCUCUUGUGUCAGCCAUGUGGUCCUCCUUCUUCUUCUGA